AUGCUGAAUGGCAUUGUGCAGUUUAACGAGAACCCCCUUCUCAUCACAGACUCGGCCAAGGGCGUGAUCUGGCGGCUGGAUGUGAGGACGGGAGUAUACGCGCAGGCUCUGUCUGAUGCCUCGAUGCUCCCUGCCGCGGGCCAGCCAUAUGCUGUUGGUGUGAAUGGCAUAGACGUCCGCGGGAAGUAUGUCUACUACACGAGUACCACGCAGAUGCUGUUCUGUAGGGUCCCGGUGAAUAGCGUGGCUGCCGCUACGGGCCCGGUUGAGGUCAUUGCUAGUGGCAUUACUCCGGAUGAUCUUGUCGUUGGGAGCGAUGGGGCGGCGUACAUCACCACAAACCCGGAUAAUGGACUGGUGAAGGUUGAUCCAAAGGGGAGAGUCAGGUUGGUGGCUGGGAAUCAGUUUAUGAUUGCGGUUGGCGGAUCGACUGCGGUUGCUGGCAACAAAGAUGGUUCAGUGCUGUAUGUUACAACCAGCGGGGGACAGUUUUCACCCAUCCUGGGUAAGCUCAUUGAGCCGGCUAAAGUCGUGGCCAUUCAUCUAUAG